AUGAAAAAGUUGGCGAAUACGUGUGAAGUGUGCCAGUCGACGAACAACGUUUCCUGCAAUCAUUUCGGCGCGAAAACGUGUAAAGUGAGUGUUUUUGCACGAUGAUUCUUUGCGAGAAUGCAGUGAGGAGCGAGAGAAAGUUCGGCCCCCGUCCCGUGAACUGUGUCGGCUGCUUGUUUCGUCGGCCGCGCACCAGAACUUCAGAUCUGAUGCGUGCUGUUCGCAGAAUACUGAUUCAUUUUUCCUAAUUUUUUGGGAAUGAGCUCAUCAUGAUCAGAACUAACGAAGAGCAACAAGAAACUCGCAGAAAUGUCUAGGGACACUGCCAAAACAGCUUCUUUUCGAAAUAUGACUACUCGUGCGUUUUUUUUGGCCUCAUUGUUAGUUUACAUUCUAAUGAACUCAUUCCAAAAAAAUAAAGUGAAAUGAAUCAAUAUUCGUCAGACGGCACGCAUCUGAAGUCUCGGAACAGCACAAGAGCGCGCGGGCGGCCAAAAACAUUUUCCAAAAUGUUUGCAGGCAUGUGCCGCAUUUUUCCGUCGGACCGUUUCGAUGAAGUUGGAUUAUUCGUGCAUCGACGAGCCGGACUCGUGCCGAGUUCACUGCAAUUCCCGCCUCAUCUGCCGAUAUUGCCGCCUUCAAAAAUGUCUGGAUAUCGGAAUGAAACCCUUGCGUACGUCGUUUUUGCCUCGAAUUUUAACCGAGAAAUUCGCGUAUUUUCAGUGGUAAAAUCGAAAAAUGAGCGGAAGAAGUACAUUCGCAUCUCGAAGGGACUUGUCCGGAAAAAGUCGCCAUUGGGCGAGGAGGAUGUGGAAUCGGACCCGGAACCCGAUGAUAGCGAGAUAUUGAACGAGGUCGGUUCGUGGCAGGAUGUUUAGAACCAUUUGAAAAAUUGCUUAUUUUCAUUGAAAUUAGCUAGUAAGCUCAAAAUUAGAACAAACGAAAACGCGGCCUAAACAUUUCAAUGUUUUUUUCCAGGCCACCCCGGGACCGUCGUCGGAAUGCGCGUUGUCGGCAGAAGUGCACGAGACGUUGACGAAGUUCAUAAAAUUGGAGACGUCGAUGUGCGAUCGGAGACGGCUUUUGUACGCGGACACUCCGAUUCGCACUGUCUUCGAGGGAGCCAAGGAAUGGGUACGUUCGAUUUACCACGUGGAACGGAGGGGCAAUAUUCCGAUCGGAUCUGAAGUUUGCAGGCUUCUUGGACUUGGAUUGAAGUCUCUUGGGUACCAGUUUCAGACUUAUCCGAUUAUCCGGCCCCAAGAUAUGUGCCUUUUCUUCCUUUGCUCCACAUAUCUCGGGACCAAAUGAUCGGAUCGUUCUGAAACUUGGACCCAAUAUACUUCAAUUCAAGUCCACAAAGCCUGCAAAGGUUAGAUCCGAUCGCAAGUGGCUCAAAAGUCCAAGCCUCGGCCGGCCGCAGUAUACCUAUAGGACACCUCUAUAAACUAACGAAACAAAACUUUGCAGCCGUACGACAAUACAACUCUGAAAAUGUUCGACUACACGGCCUCGCAGGGAAUGUCGAAACACGACUUCGUGAUGAUCAUGGACUACGCGCGCGAAAUGCCCGGAUUCGACGAGCUCAACUAUGCGGACAGUGUGAGUGGCCGAAGUGUCGGAUCCUAGGCCACCACUCAAAACGUUCUCUUUUUCUCAGGUCUUUUGUUAUCGUCUCGUGUGCGCCGUCGAUUUUGUGAUCAAUUCGGCGUUUUAUAGCUACAAGUAGGCAGAUUUUGAACCUAGAAGUACCACUAAAACUCUUUUUUUUUCAUUUCAGACGUGGAAUCGAGCACAACGAACUGGUGCUCAACGACGGAAAGUACAUUCCGAUGAACCCGGCCCCGUUGACCGGGUACGAGGAGAACGCGAAUCUUCUCUUCCAGAAUCAGGACGAUCUGAUGAAGUUCCGAACUCUGAUGCCGUUGCUCCUGAAACAGUGGCAAGUGGCGGUCCCGUUCGCCCGUUUGGAACUCUCUUUCGAAGAGUUUUGCCUGCUCAAAGCCAUUUGUAUUUGGCACGUUUGUGAGUGUUUUGUACGGUUGCGAAACGCCUUAUUACCGCUGAAGUUUUUCUGUGCAUAAAUUGAUUGGUAAAUUGCAACAGCGCCUGUACGCUUCCGAGUGGUCAAUUUCUUUGGUUUCCAGCCUACUACCGUCUGAGCGAGGAGGGCCGCCGCGUGGCGUCCAACCAACGGGACCGCUUGAUCCGAGCCCUCCAUCACGCGUGCCAACUUCGAAACGAAUCGAUUCUGAACCCGACGGAAGGCGGCGAGGAUGAGGGCGAACGAUUUGGGAACGUCAUGUUAGGACUCAAUUAUAUCAUGGUACGACAUUCGAGCAUUUUCAACACAAAACUCGAAAAUCGAUAGUAACCGUUUCCAGGAACAAAUCCGCAACCUCAACUGCUCAUUCGUCAUGAUCUCGUUCUUCGGAAUCCUCAACGUCGACAGCCUCAUGAUCGACGUGACCAGCUUCUGGUAG